UCUGAUAGGACAGUCCUUGGUACUCCAAAGCCUGCCUCCUGCAGUGGGUCGUAGGUGUGGGGCAGGACAAGGAAGGAAAAGGGCAGGUGAAAAUCCUCCUGAUCAUAUGCAUUCACUAUCGAGCAAGCUUCGAGAGGCUGGUGGCACCAUUGGUUGGAAGAGUGUUCUGGGAUCUUUGUCUUCCUCAGGCUCCUGAGCAUCAUGCCUUGUUUCGGGCAGCCUACACACUUCCAGAGUCUGAUACUUCUGCAGUGGCCCUUGAGCUACCUUGUCAUAGCUUUUAUCUUGCAGCCAUUGUUCAUUUGCUUGCUGUUUACAUCCUUGUGGCCGCUGCCAGUGCUUUACUUUACCUGGUUUUUCUUGGACUGGAAGACCCCAGAUCAAGGUGGCAGGCGUUCAGGCUGGGUAAGGAACUUGUGUAUCUGGACCCACCUCAGGGACUAUUUCCCCAUUACGAUCCUGAAGACUAAAAACCUGUCACCUGAGCACAACUACAUCAUGGGGGUUCAUCCUCAUGGCCUCUUGACCUUUGGACCCUUCUGCAACUUCUGCACUGAAGCCACAGGCUUCUCGAAGAUCUACCCAGGCAUCACUCCCUACUUGGCCACACUGUCCUGGUUCUUCAGGGUCCCCUUUGUUAGGGAGUACCUCAUGGCCAAAGGUGUGUGCUCCGUGAGUCAGCCAGCUAUCGACUACCUGCUAAGCCAUGGCACUGGCAACCUUGUGGGCAUCGUAGUAGGAGGGGUGGGAGAGGCCCUGCAAAGUGUGCCCAACACCACCACCCUCAUCCUCCAGAAGCGCAAGGGGUUUGUGCGCACAGCCCUCCAGCAUGGGGCUCAUCUGGUCCCCACCUUCACUUUUGGAGAAACUGAGGUAUAUGAUCAGGUGCAAUUCCAUAAGGACAGCUGGAUGUACAAGUUCCAGAGCUCCUUCCGCAGAAUCUUUGGUUUCUAUUUUUGUGUCUUCUAUGGAAGAGGCUUCUGCCAAGGCUCCUCUGGGCUCCUGCCAUACUCGCUGCCUAUCGUCACUGUGGUUGGGGAGCCUCUGCCACUGCCCAAAAUUGAAAAACCAAGCCAGGAAAUGGUGGACAAAUACCAUGCACUCUAUAUGGAUGCCCUGUGCAAACUGUUUGACCAGCAUAAGACCCAGUAUGGCUGCUCAGAGGCCCAAAAGCUGAUUUUCCUGUGACUGAAUGGGCUUGCGUGCCCAAAAGCAUGUACCUUGAA